AUGUCGGGCCGGCGUGGGUUAGGAAGGGGCCUGUCGCCGGUCCCCCGACCCCGGGAGGAGGCAGCACCGGACGGAGGGGUGCUCCGCGUCCCCCACCUUGUGGGUCUCCAGAGCCCGGAGCAGCGGGAUCUGCUGGCCCGGCACGACCCCCGGCGCCCCGUCUUCGUGGAGGGUCCGUUCCCCCUCUGGCUCCGCCGCACCUGCCUCCACUACUACCUGCUGCGCUCGGACCCCCUGCCCCCCGAGCUGGAGGGAACGAAGCCAGUGGACCCUGAGCGGAACCUCUACUACCCCAUGGAGCUGAGCUUCGACUUGGACCGUGACCUGGGAGACGACGACGGACUCGAGGUGGAGGAAGUUCUCGAGGGUCCGGUCUUUGCCCUGUGCCAGGCGGGCUCCGGUGAUGCCGCCUCCCUCUCCCGGUGGAUCGAUGGGCUGCAGGAGACCAACCCGUCGCUGAGCCACACCCCGGUGGUGUUCCGCACCACCGCUGCCGCUGCAGCCCCUCGCCGGCUGGUGCCCGCCGUGGACCCGGAGCCGGCCCCAUCCGAGGCCAAGCCCCAGGACGGGGAGUGGGAGGAGGAGGAGCCGGGCUCCAGGAGGAUGCGGCGCUGAGACCGGCAGCUCGUCGCUUGAGUCGGAGCCCGGGGGACGGGAAUCCUUCGCCCUUGUUACACCCCUCCGACCUGCUGGGGGCCGCGGGGUGGAUCCGGGGGUCCCGGGGUGGGUCCGGGGACCGUGGGGGUGGAUGCGCAGGCUGCAGGGUUGUGUCCGGGGGUCCCGGGGGCCGCGGGGUGGGUCCAGGGGCUGGGAUCCGCGGCAGUCGGGGCCGGGUGGGACGUCCCCUUCCCUCCAUCCCCCCUCCGUCCCUCCCUCUCUCGAACCCCUCAUUCCCACCCUAUCUUUAACCCCUCGUUCCCCCUCCCUCCUUCCCCUCUGCCCCCUCGCUCCCUCCCUCCCCUCUGCCCCCUCUCGCUCCCACCCUCCCCUCUGAACACCUCCCUCCCUCCCUGCCCCCUUAAUCCCUCCCCUCUGACCCUUUUCCCUCCCAGUCACCCCCUCUCCCCCUCCCUCUGACCCCCUCUCCCCUCUGACGCCCUUCCUCCCUCCCCCAUUGAGUGAACAAUCCUGUGUAUGUUCCACGGUCUGAAUAAAACCCUGUGAAAAGCCUC